UAAAAUAUUAUAGCAUAUAUAUAUAUAUAUAUAUAUAUUAAAAUAAAAAAAAAGAACAAAAAUUAAUUAUUCAGGAUUCCGAAUUUUUAUUUAAAUUUCAAUUUAAAUUUCAGAUUCCCAUGAUGAUGCACAUUUCGUAGACAAAUAAUCAUUUCAGAUUUCAUAACUGACUAGUAAUAUAAUUCAAUAAUAUAAUUCAAUAAAUAUAAUUAUUUAAAGCAUUUAUAUUUAUAGGACUGGCAAAAUAAGAAUAUAAAAAUACAACAUCUGUAUCGACUUACUUGAUAAGUACUACAAACGUGACACUCCACAUGUAUCUAUUUUGCUAUACCUAUGAACAGCUUACAAAUCAGGUAAAUGUCUCACAAAUGUUAACGUAUUUGAUUUUUAGUAUAAGUAAAAAUAACAAAGUUAGCAAUACAGUAAUAAUCAUGUAAUGUAUUCAUUAACACACUUUAUUUGUAAUAAGAAUAAAUGGCAUACGUUAUUCUUUUCAUGAGAUAAAAAACAUUAAUAUAAGUUGAUGCAAAUUAGAAUAUUCAACAUAAGACAAUUAAAACUGCAACUUCCUGAUUAGUAUUAUGUUCUAGUGACAAGUUGUAAUGUAGGAAAAUAUAAAGAUAAAAACGAUCGUUUUCCUACUUGCUACAAAGACCGAUGAAUGGAUAAGAAUACCUUGCUUGAAAAGCAAUCGUUUCUCUCGACAAGUAAUUUCCUUUACAAACUUUAUCGCAGUAGCCUCUGUUCUCCACGCAACAUUUGAAUUCUUAACGCGUGCAAACGCACAGGUGAGCUCUGGUUAUUCAACUUUUAUCUUUCAUCUGCAGCCGUGUGUGUGUGUGUGUGUGUGUGUGUGUGUGAUUCAUGACACGAAUUAAAACAUCAUAGCCAUAUGCAGAACGUAUACUUAUAAAAAUGUUAAAAUACACUGACAUCUUUACAAGCGUUUUAAAUAUAGGUUUAAAUAAUUAAAAAUAUAUUUUGGAGUAUAAUUGAGUACAUUUUAAUAUGAAUUAAAAUAUAAUUCAGUAUUUUAAAUCAAGAAGUAACGCGCAUAGAAGUUAUUUUUGCGGUAAUGUAACUGAGACAAUACCGAGUCUACGAAGCAGGAAGAAACAGUUGUAACUUUUCCAGUUGUCUGCGGUUAGGAAAGGUUGAAUAAAAAUACAUAUGAAGGGAAAGCAAUCCCUCUGAUCCUUGAGUUUUCACUUUUAUAAACUUCAUUUCGAGUCUACUCAAGAAUUCCGAACGCACGUUAUUACGCAUUCGUUUGACGUGACUAGUCUAUUGUUCGGAACGCAAGCGCAUUCACGUACCGAGUUUUCCUCUGGACUAGAAGACAGCUCGCUGUCAUCAGUGAUAAAGAAACACGCAUCGAGUCGCGUUUUGCAUUACGUUCCGUAUAACAAAGCUAUAAAGUCACGAAGUCGCCUUACUUUGUAAUAAUAUACUCACAUUAGAAAUGUACCGGAAUAAAAAUUACAGAAACGAUAUAAAGUACACAACACAAUUAAAUCGCUUCAUUUGCCAACUAUUGGGCAUAUGGCCGGAUGCAGAACCCUCGUUUCUCAAAAAUCUCAGAAGCAUCUCGUUAAUAUUGGCUUGUUUCUUUCUUCUCGGUUGCGAGCUAAUUCCGAUAACCCUGUACGUAGUAUUCAUAGAGAAACGAACCCGCGUCAGAUUAAAAGUUAUAUCAUCUAUAACUUUCACGACAGUUGCGAUUCUCAAGUACUUCUGUCUGGUGCUUAGCAAGAACCAAGUGAGAAAUUGUCUAGCGCGAGUGAAGGACGAUUGGCAAAAUGUCGUGAGCGCAAACUCUCGUAAUUCUAUGAUUGACAAAGCCAGGAUUUCGAGACAUUUGUUUAUCCUCUGCAGUAUAUUUAUGUACACUGCUGGCGUGUAUUAUCGUAUUAUCGUGCCAUUAAGUAGGGGAAAAACCGUCACCAAGCAGAACAUCACGAUCAGACAUUUACCGAGUCCGGGUUAUUAUAUUCUGUUCAACGAGCAGAACAGUCCCGCGUACGAACUUUUGUUCAUUAUACAGGUUUGUGCCGGAUUCAUCAAGUACACUAUCACAGUGGCGAUCUGCAGCCUUACUGCUCUCUUCGUUAUGCAUAUAUGUGGGCAACUGGAAAUACUGAUGAUACUACUAGACAAUCUGGUAAACAAAACGGAAGAAAAGAAUUUGAAUAAAAUGCUAGCCCUGGUCGUGGAACAUCAAAUAAAAAUACGGAAUUUCUUACAAUUGGUGCAGAACACUUUGGAAAAUGCAAGCUUGUUAGAAAUAGUGGGCCGUACAAUAGAUGAAUGGGAAAAUCAAAAUGUUGUAUCUAUGUGCUCUUAUGUCAUUCUGCUCACAUCAAUGACUUUCAACAUUUUUAUUUUUUGUUUUAUUGGGGAAGAACUUUCCGUAGAGGGAGAGAAAUUAACAUUAACAGUGUGUACACUGACCUGGUAUCGUCUUCCAAAUGCGAAAGCACGAGCACUGUUAUCAAUUAUAGCUAUGUCAAUUGUCCCGACAAAACUUAGAGCAGGGAAGUUCUUUGAUCUUUCCAUCAAAACUUUUGGUGACGUUGUUAAAACAUCCGUGGCAUAUCUUAAUUUUAUGCGAAAAAUGACAUGAUUAAUAACUUGAUAUUUUAAAAUAUCUGUCUAUAUUCUUUAAAUAUAGCCAUUUAAUAGAAAUAUUAAUUAUUAGAAAAAUUAAUAUAAGACUUAAAGAUAUUGAACUUAGUAAAGUAUUGAACUAAAAAAUGUUAUGUGACACAAAAAUACUUUAAAUAAAUACACCUAGGAAAAGUACAACA